UCCAAAGGCAGAUGAAGCUGAGCCUUUUCUCUUAGCUGGAGGAGGCUCUUCUUCUACUGCUGUGUGGGGGAGUGGGCUACAUCCUGUGGCGUUUCCUGUGUUUGUAAACUAGACGCUGCUGAAAACGUCGGAGGAGUGAAGCUAGUGAGGAGUGAAGAGUUUUAAUGCUAGAUGAGUGAGGUGGGUGUGGCCUCCCACCAGCCCGACCAUCCUGAUUGACGGAUCUCUGGAUGACCUUGUCCCCACCCCUGUCCCUGCGCUCACAUACACCCCAGCAAUGUCACAUCUGCCCAGCAGCUCAGUCCGCGACCAUAUGAAAUGGGCGGGGCUGCUUGGCUGCGAAGCUGUCCUCUCCAGUAUGGCCCUGAUGCAGGCGAGCUCCAUGGCUGCUCCUCCGAAAAAAAUGAUGGCUCCUCUUGGUCAUGUACCACAGCAGAGAGAGGGACCUGACCGUGGUCCCCAGAGCCACAUGAUCCUCCCCUCUGGAAUGAGCUGUCCACCCCUGCUCAUCCGGAAGGAAGGUGAAUUCCAAGCUCCCCGCCUGCUGGAUGAGAAGGAGAUGAGGGCCAACGAGGACAUGCAGCAGAAAAAAAAGAACAGGAAAUCAGUGGCGCCCUGCAAAGUGAGAGAACAAGAAGGAAGGGGAGGGAAGGGCACAGGAGAUGAGAAUGGUCCAUCAUCCAAAGUGCAGAAAAACUUUAUUUGUGAUCACUGUUACGGAGCAUUUAGGAGUGGAUACCACCUGAAGAGACAUAUCCUCAUUCAUACAGGGGAGAAGCCGUAUGCUUGUGCCGUAUGUGACAUGAGGUUUAUUCAGCGUUACCACCUGGAGAGACACAGCCUCAUUCACACGGGAGUGAAGCCGUACGCUUGUUCCAUGUGUGACAUGAGGUUUUUCCAGCGUUACCACCUGGAGAGACACAGACUCACUCAUACGGGGGUGAAGCCGUACGCUUGCUCCAUGUGUGACAUGAGGUUCUUCCAACGUUACCAUCUGGCAAGACACAGCCUCACUCAUACUGGGGUGAAGCCAUACGCUUGCUCCAUGUGUGACAUGAAAUUUUUCCAACGCUACCACUUGGCGAGACACAGCCUCACUCACACGGGGGUGAAGCCAUAUGCUUGCUCCAUGUGUGACAUGAGAUUUUUCCAGAGAUACCACCUGGCAAGACACACUCUCACUCAUACGGGGGUGAAGCCAUACGCUUGCUCCAUGUGUGACAUGAGGUUCUUCCAGCGUUACCAUUUGGCAAGACACAGUCUCACUCAUACUGGGGUGAAGCCAUAUGCUUGUACCAUGUGUGACAUGAGGUUUAUACAACGGUACCAACUGGAACGACACAGUCUUACUCAUACAGGGGUGAAGCCGUACGCUUGCACCAUGUGUGACAAGAGGUUUUUUCAGCGCUACCACCUGGCGAGACACAGCCUCACUCAUAUGGGUGUGAAACCUUAUGCUUGCACCAUGUGUGACAUGAAGUUUUUUCAGCGUUACCACCUGGCGAGACACAGCCUCACUCAUACGGGUGUGAAACCUUAUGCUUGCACCAUGUGCGACAAGAGGUUUUUUCAGCGCUACCACCUGGCGAGACACAGCCUCACUCAUAUGGGUGUGAAACCUUUUGCUUGUACCAUGUGUGACAUGAGGUUUGUUCAGCGUUACCACCUGGCGAGACACAGCCUCACUCAUACGGGUGUGAAACCUUAUGCUUGCACCAUGUGUGACAAGAGGUUUUUUCAGCGCUACCACCUGGCGAGACACAGCCUCACUCAUUUGGGUGUGAAACCUUUUGCUUGUACCAUAUGUGACAUGAGGUUUGUUCAGCGUUACCACCUGGCGAGACACAGCCUCACUCAUACGGGGGUGAAGCCGUAUGCUUGUUCCAUGUGUGACAUGAGGUUUAUUCAGCGUAACCACCUGGAGAGACACAGCCUCACUCAUACGGGAGAGAAGCCAUUUGCUUGUGACAUGUGCGAUAUGAGGUUUAUCCAGCGCUACCACCUUGAGAGACACAAGCGUGUCCAUAGUGGGGAGAAGCCUUACCAGUGUGAACGGUGCCAGCAGAACUUUUCUCGGACAGACCGGCUGUUGCGGCAUCGGCGGUUGUGCCAGGGUCGCAAUGUAGCCAAAGUAGAGAACCAGCCAUGCUGCGAUCCACGUCCAUAUCCCCAAGAACCUCCGCCGGCGCCCCCAACCUGGAGUCCCCUGCACCCCCCUUCAGGUCGGCUGGCGGUCUGACAUUCCACCUUCCCUUCAUCCACAACAUUGCUAGAGAAGGGACAAGCCACAGGGUUUCUUCUUCUUCACAGCUCUGUGCUCGGUGGCGCCACACUUUAGCACAGGCUGAUAUUGCAGCUCCAGUCUUGGGAUUACUAAUGACUGAGGGACAUAUGUGUUUUUGUUGACUUUUUAUUUUGUUGUCAUUUUUCUUUCCUGUUUUUUUUUUUUUUUUUUAAAGGCGAGACAUUUCUGUGAUGAACAGUGGUCCUGUUUUGUACUUAAUCUAUUUGAUUUUUGCAAAAAGAAAAAAAGUUUUUAUUAUUGUUGAAAUAUCUGCAUUUGGUGGUACUCGGGAAGCGCAGUGGGUAUUGUUUAUCCCAAUGUGUUUGCAACAAACUGGGAUAAAGUGGUGAGAAAAAUUAUUUCAACUUCUUUCUUUGGUUUCCUUGCGUGGCCCAUUUUGAUGCCAAAGGAUUGGCACUUAGGUCAUAAUGAAUUAAACUGAGCUUUCCUUCAAGGUGAACUUAGGAAACCACUGUGUUGACAUCUCAUGUGGACCAGAUCUUCUUUUCCUUUGCAGUUAACGCGGCUUUAAAGCAAUUAGAAAUUUCACUAAAAACAACAUCUGGUCGAAACGUAACUACGUAACAACAAGGUUUCCUUGACUUCAUCGUCAGAGAAGGUGCAGUUUUAUUGAUUAUUUGUGUAAAUAAUUGAAAAAUGUUUAUUAUUAUUUCACUAUGGGACUUGAGUGGCGAUUGUUUUAUGCACAAAAUGGGCCAAAAAGAAACUAAAAUAUUGAUCAGAUGCAGCCUGGGGAGAGCUGAGGAACAUGAGCAUGUUUUAGGUUCAUAACUGUAAAACAGGAAGUCCAGUGAUAAAGAGGGGCAACCUGCAGUUGAAUCUGGGUCACAGGAGAGUCACCUGUCUACCCUGAGUUCUGUUAUAUAUGACAAACUAAUGACUUGGGACAUGGCACAUGAUGGCAGCCUUAGCAAGUUUUGAGUUUUACUAUACAUACUGCUGUGUAUAUGUUCAGUACAGUAUUGAUAGUGCUCAGCAGAGAACUGUCUCCAGCUCUGUCCAUAGAUCACGAUCUAAAAUAGUGCAGGUCGGCCACGUAAAGUCCCAUUAUGUUGUUUGUACAGUUUCUCACAUUGUGAGAUGUAGUGGGGGUAUACAAAAUCUUGUGGCCUUAGUGUUUCUUUUUUUUUUCCUUUUCAUUUGCCUUUUUCCUAACAGUUUUACUAUUGUGGAUCAGAUGUAUUUUCCGAAAACGACACAGCCGAUCAUGAACAUGGUCUGUGUUUUUCUUUUGUUAAAAACCUUAAUGCUGUCACGAUUACUGAAUUCUGACAGCGGUAGUGGCGCGAAAACAGACUCUUCUCCCGUCGCGAGAGAGACGGCGAACAUGUUGGGGUCGUGUAACACAGUAUAUAUAAUCGUACAGGAGCCCUGCGGAGUUGGACAGUCCUUGUGUGAGAAGUCGGUUGUGCUAAAUUGUUUCCCGCUGCAGUGCUUUGGCCAGUCACAGGCCGCAGCAGAAUCAACACUCUCGGCUUGACUCUGCUUCACACUAACUGUUGCCUUUUUUAUCCAAAUACGUUGUGGUUGGUGUGUAGUAAUGGAUGUCUGUCAUGUCUUUGGCUUUAGCCUUAAGUGAGUGCAGAUACACAAAUAAUCAUUGUAGUACUAAAUGAUAUUGUAACAAACCAUUUCUUUUGAAACUGAUGAUGAAGCGCUUUGUUCCUACUGUGUGGAGUCUGUGUGGAGGUCAGACGGCAGAGACGACGGUCAAUCGGAGCCACUGUGCUGCCUGUUGAAGAGUUUCUCAAACUUAAUCCUUUUGUGUGACUGAGGCUGUGGUGUCGCUGUUCCCCUCACUGCACUGUUAAACCCAGAAUGCAGGGCUCAGUGGUGAAAGGAUUAGUGCACAAGACUGACUUUUUAACUGUUCUUUGAAACCACAGCAAGAAACAGAUGCGUUAUUUCGGGAAUUUAAUCUGAUUUGAGUUUAUUUAGAUGAGGCUCGAUGUUCCUAUUUUGAUUUGUUGGAUAAAAAGACGGAUAAUGUUAAGUUUAAGAUGAGGGGCACUUUUUUUUUACAUUAGUAUUUUUGGAGAAAAAAAAUUGUUAAAUUGAGACAAAGUUGUGUGACGGAUAAAAUGGUGCAUAAAGAGGAGAUUCAGUGGCUUAAGAAGUAUAAACGCCAGUGGCAGCAAAGAGGCCAAGUUUGAGAAAUGCAUCAACUUGCUCUGGACACACUAUUCCAAAACUAUGGAAGGGUCACCGCUGGCACGAGCACGUACUCAGAAUGGCUAAAGGGCAAUACAGUAUAUAUUUGACAUCACUUGUUAAUACAUUUUUGUCAUUUAUUGUUAUUUUUCUUUUGUUUUUUUAGUAUUAUCAAACUCCUUGUUAAAAUGCAAUAGAAUCCUUGUGUCUCGGAUCAUUUGUUUAUAAGAAUGAGAUUUAAUUUUUCAGACUGAUCAAAAGGAUUUAUUUGUCUGAGGAUUUCUCAUCAUGUUUUUUUAUGAUUGUUUCAAGGACCUUUUUUUUUAUUCUGAUGAAAAAUGUAAACACUGGAGUGAAAGGAAAAAAAAAAGACAAAAAAGAGAGAUGGAUAUUUUUUUCCCUUCAGACUGUAGUAGAUCUUAGGUUUUAGACAAAGCCUAUUUCUCCUCAACAUGACGCAGAGAGUGGACAGAACCAUUUGGAUCAGUACAGAGUGAGCCCAGUAUGUUGAGUAAUUUUAACAUUAGAGGCACUAAGUAGUACCACAAAAAAUGUUUUUUUGUUUCUUAUACAAAGUCCCUGGUAUUUGUAGUAAAUUAUAUUGAUAAUGGUAUUAGAUGAACAACAGCAUAACAGUAGCUAUCACAGAUUAGUUGUUUUCUUUAUUAGUCUUGCAUGCAGAGUUAUGGUCCUCAGUUAAAAUAGGAUCUUGAUAUUAUUUUGUGUAGGAAAAUGAGUGCAUAAGAAUAACUUUCUAAAAAAAAUGUUACAAUGAUAAUUGUAAAAUGGGCUAACUAAUAUGUACCCUUGUGAUCCAAUUAGUUUCAACUGUAUGAAAAUCAGAGGAGAGGCUUCUUAUUAUUAUGCUGAAAUAAAAGACUUUGUAAAGGA